GGAGCUGGUUUGUUCAAAACGCGUUGUGCACAAUGCCAUACUCUUGAAUCCGGAGGACCUAAUAAGGUUGGACCCAAUCUUCAUGGUCUUUUUGGACGAAAGAGUGGGCAAGUAGAAGGGUUCUCUUACACCGCUGCGAACGUGAACAAGGGAGUCACUUGGGAUGAAUCGACUCUCUUUGACUAUCUCGAGAACCCGAAGAAGUACAUCCCCGGUACCAAGAUGGCCUUCGCUGGACUCAAAAAAGAAAAGGACAGG